UGGCGAGAUAACAGUUACGUAAUGUUGCGUCAGUGGAUUUCGGAUGUGAAUUAUGUGUUAACGUAUAAUUCUGUUAGUCUGCAAUAUAGACUUCCAUAUACAUAGCAAACAAUCACUAUAUCCUUACUUGUAGCCGUAUCAUAAUAUUAUUUUCUGAACAGUGCGUGUGCUCGCGCCACCUGAAUACCAUGUCUUUUCCAGUCCCUCCACCGCCAAUUGCUUCCCCCUACACACACACACACACCUUCAGAAUUUAGGCAAUAAAUUCCCCUUGUAAUACUUCUCCAGCACCUUGUAAUUUUUAAUAUUUUCCUUUGAACGUGUUUUUCAUUCUUUUCCUCUUCUAUUCUACUUUUCCCUGGGUCAACGGGAAGGAAGUGAUAAGCUAAUGUGCUGGAGAUGCUACGAUAGAGGAGAUGAGGUGGGUAAUGGACUCUGUGUGGGCGGGAGGAGGAGGAGAAGGAGAAGGAGGAGGAGGAGGAGGAGGAGGAAGUUGGUGACUGGAGACUAAGGAGCAGAGAGAAAGGAGGCGGGUAGAUGGAGAGAGCGGGGAAGAUUAUCAAAAGACGGAAUGGUAUAGGGAGGAAAAUGAAGGGGGGAAGAGCACUGGAGAAGGAAUAACGGGAGGAGCGAGGGAGGGAGGGAGGGAGGAAGAGAGUGCGAGCAGUCUGAGGACGCGUCAUUUACCUCCUCCCUGAGGAAACGCACGGAGGUCACUGGGAGGCAUUGAGGAUCGCCAUGGUGAGGUAGGUAGCGAGGGGCGGGAUUGAUGCCUGUGACUGAACAAAGUCUCGUGUAGAAAUACGUAGCUCUCUUCACGAAACUCAUAGAGGUAAUUGUUCCAUACAGUUUAGGGAGAAGGUAAAAAGGUUGACUUGAUAAUCUAACCCUUUUAAGUACGAUAAUGGUACAUAUGGUGUAUAAAAUUAACAGGGUUAGGUUAGGUUAGGGUUGCAUAGUGUCUUGUGAGUGAAAGUUACUAAUAACUAUGAUAUAAUUUGUAACUGAAGCUUUAAACUCCUAAUUACUGCAACACUGUAUCGGCUGACUCGGUAAUUUGAUUCUGUUUAGUACAAAAACGAUACAUGGGAUGAAUCAAACCAACGGAAAUAAUAUAUUAAUACGAUGUCUUGUGAAUAAAAGUUACUGAAAAUAAUGACAUCAUUUCUAACUGGAGCUUUAAAUUCCUAAUUACAACAUUUAUAUUCAUGAUAUUUAAAGAAUUUGCUACAUCACUUCUCUGCUGGCCACUGUGGUGAUGAUGGCGGCUGUUAGGGUGGUGACAGAGGCGAGAGAGGCGGGGAGUGAUGAAGGGGAGGCCAGGUACAUCUACGUCAACACGGAAUCACCCAUGACUAUCGCUGUGCUCCUCAACGUGCCUCUCUCCCUGGCCCUGCCCAUCGUCGCCCGCCACGAACACUACCACAGCAGCUACGAAGGGCGCCGCCUCUCACCGCCCCUCCCUGAGAGCAACAGCUCACAACAUCACUACGAAUACUCUUCCCAUGACGGAGAUAACCUUCUUCAUGAUGAUCCUCACUACUUUACAGAGACGUCUAGGCUGGCGUCAUAUUUUAUCUAUUUGAAGGUCGUGGAUGCUCCCUGUCAGGAAAGACUUCUGUGUGAACUGGCCUCCGACCCUCCAGCCUUCUUUCCCGCCUCGGACAUCUUUCUGAAGGAGCUGCGUCCUCAGCAUGGCGAUGUAGAGGAGGACGAGCACAACAGGUUCUGGCGGUACGUGAGGGCAGCUCGCGGGGGAGUGACGGAGGGUGACCCAGCUGGGUGUAGGGCGCGCCACCCUGCCUGUCCUGUGGCCAUCGGAGAGGUGCUCAACAUGACGGCGCUAAGAGUCUGGCAGCUCCUGGCUCAGAUUGCUGACAUCUCCUUCACCAACUACUGAAAUACAAGACCACGACGUGAGAUUUACAUAAAAAGACUGCAUUAUCCUUAAGAUCUAUUACUACUACUACUACUACUAA